GGAUAUGUAUGUAGGCUGUAGGCUGUAGCCUGUAGGUAUAUGAGAAAUUCCGGAGAUAGCAUUCGCCAAUUGAUUAUUGUUCGAUAAGACAAGAUACCGAAAUCUGAAAGAGUUGAAAGCUGAGGUGAAGCGCAGCAGAUCGCAUCGUCCGAGCAAGCAGAUGGCAUCUAUGGAUUCCGGCGUUCGUGGUCGUUCCCCUUGGCAUCUCCUCAUUGUCUUCUCCAUCCUCUGUCUUCAAUCUAUGGCUGAUGGUGCUGACUCCUCGCUUUUCAUCGAUAGCCUUACGCGUCAAUAUCUUCGCCCUCUCCAAAUUGAUGAGACUAAUUCAAUGUCGGCCAUGGAAGUUGGCGCAGCAGUGUCAAUCUUGCUUGGUCUGUCACCACCACCUACGCUUUCAACUGCUAGUUCUUCUAAGUUGAAUGAGUUCUUAUUGCCUAAUCCCUUUGAUAGGCCACGUCAUGUUUUUAUGCUCGAGAUUGGGCUUGCUCAAGAAAUGGCUUACUUCGAUAGCGCGGUGUUUAGCGGUGCCAUCAAGAGCAAGGUGGUUAGGAAUGCUGGUAGUGCUGAAAUCAAACUUGCAGAUAGGGAGGGAGUUUCUUUUUUCUCAUUGGAUGGACCAGAUUAUGACUCUAAUGGAGCUAUGACUGCCAAAGAACUAAACGAUUUUGCAAGUAGUUUUGGUGGCUCCUAUGUGUCUGAUAACUUGGAAUCUCUAAAUGGGGAAUUAAUCAUCCCCUUGCCUAGUGGGUUCAAAAUGAAGCUUCACAUGUCAAAGGAAGCUGAUAGAAAAUUUGCCAUGGGUAUAGUAUACUUGAUUGACAACAUUAGGAAAGUUACAGAAAUGUCGAAAAUCUUGGCUGGAAGUAAUCUGAAUUUUGCUGAACUAGUGGGAGGAUAUUUUGAGGGAAUUAAGGCUCUGCAAGAAGAGUAUGGGUCAGGCGAUAUGGCACAGCAAGGCAUGGAAUUGCUGCUCACUAUAGUAUCCAAAGCUGUCAACUCCCUUCAAGAAAGACAUGAAGGAAAAUUCGUCGCAAUCAUCCUUUUCAGCAAGGCAGAUUCUUCACUGCCACAAAGGAUGCUCAAGGUGACGUAUGUAUCAAGGCCCUCUCUACGUUUGUUAGAGGAAGUGAAAACUUCAUCCAAUUCAACUGCUAUGGCUGAAGUGUCACUUGUUAGACUCACACUUGCGUGGAUAACUGGAGGAGUUCUUCUCAUAGCGACCUUGAUUGGGGUUUAUCUUCUUCUCAAUAUGCCGCUUACAAGAGACACACUAUUGUAUUCUAAUGUGAAGCUCGAUUGAGGUGGCCUGUCUAUUGUAAAUUUGACAUGCUUGAGGAUGCUAAAGGUGGUACCUGCACCUAUUGCUUAAUGACUCUUACACAUUUAUGGUGGUUCAAAGUAAUUGACACUGGUGAUUUUAGCAGGCCAAUCUUCAAUGGCGCAUGUUCAAUUUCCUGUAAAUUUCUCGCAUAAGAAUAUGAAAAAUAAGAAUAGAAGCAUGCAGUGUUCGCGGGGAGUUGCGACUUGUGAGUGCUGUUGACAGUGCAGUGUUCGCGGGCAUGCAUAGCUUUGACAGUGCUGUUGUAAUGUGAUACAGUAUUUCCAGGACACUGUUGGUUUUAGCUUUAUCUUUCAUUUGAGUGUCGUGAAUAAAUUAAUCAGCGGUUUUUGACUUUGGAGGACUUGAAUUCUCCCUGCAUUGGGGGGUUUUUGACGAGUCCUUGAACGCAAAUUAUAUUGUUUAAAUGA